AUGCCCAAACUCAUUCAAGUGAUGAUGUUGACAUAAUGAGUGUUUUGUGUAGUCAACACACUUCCUGUGAAAUUGUGUUGUCUAUUGGUUCGUGAAACCGCUGAAAUUCUAACGUUAGUAUCCUACAUUCAAAUAGCAGGUACAUGCAAGUGUUUUUUUCCAGUGUUUUGCUGUGUUGGUUUCCAUUAGGAAUACACAUGAACACAAAUGCACUUUCACACUUGCACUGUAUCCAAGAUGGCCUAAUCCACAAUGAGCACACAAUUUAUCCUAAGCACCUGUCACAACUAGCUAGAUAUAAGCAGUGUGUUUUGUCAUGGGGCUAUACACAAUAUGAAAAUAACAUGAUCAUUUGCACGGACCAUGGAAGGCACAUUGUAGUAGCAGGAGUAGACACUUAGAGUAACAUCAUAGACUAGUACCACCUCACUGUAUUCAAUGACAGUUUAUGCUGGUCUGGCAAUACAUCAUCCAUAUUCUUGCGAAAUAACACUUGACUCGGAUUCUGAUGUUCAUGACAAAGGUUGACGUGAUUGUUAUGGGUAUAAUGCAUAGUGAUAUGGAGGUGAUUUCAAGGAUAUGGUAGAAUAACAUAAUAAAUAAUUAACUACUUCUUUUCUCUCUUUAUUUUGUUUCAUUUUUUUGUUUUUUUUGUUUUGCUUAAUCUCCCUGUCUUCUAGAACCUUCUCUUGUUCCAUUAUUUAGCGUAUAGCUUCUCAAAAAAAAAAAAAGUGGUCUCACCUUAUCUAACCGAUUCUCUCACUUGAAAUGCUUUUUUGUCCACGUUAACUUAGUGCUGGAUGGCUACUGAGUUUAUUAAUUUGGUUUUGUAUGUUUUUUCUGUGUGAUUAUGUGUGCAUAUCAGAUGACUAGACUGGCCCAGCUGUUACACUACACUAGCCUGAGUCAGGCAUUGUUUUCCAAGCCACUAUCCCCGCUGGGGCCACCGCUGCCUUCAAGGGGGGAAUGUGACCAAGGAGAAUAAGCCCGCUGAACCUUCCAAGAUGGACACCUUGUCUCUUUUUAUUUAUCUUUCUUUUCUUUCUUUUUUUGGUUGGUUUCUUUUAGUUUUUACUUUCACAUGUUGUCCCUUGCCUUGUCUGCUCCCUCUAGACUCUAGCUACACUAUUGCAUUAUUCCUAGCAUAUUGUUUUUCCGUUUAUUAUUUUGGGUUUUUCUUUUUUCCUCUCUCUUUCUCUCACCUCUUCUCUUUCUUUCUUUUGCUCAUUCUCUCCUUCCACAGUCUGUGAUUGAGUUCUGUCCAGGUUGCCAUGGCACCCAGGUGGAAUGUGUAUCACACAUGGGCUGCCAUGAAGAUGACUAACACAUUUUACUUUCUUUGUCUCCUGCUCUUGGUCUAUGGUUAGGAUUUCAAAUAUAGGGCUCAUCUAAACCUUAAACUCAAUAGGAAAAAGUAUCAUUAACUUAUAAGUAGUAGAAUAGAAUAGAACCUUUACAUUUUACAUUGGUAACAUAAUGCUUAUACUGAUAGUAUAAGAAUUUGAUUACAUGGAGUUUUUAUUUAUUUUGCCCUUAAGCCUUAAAUUAUUGUAAUUGUUUUUUUUCUUCUCAAAACAAAGCCACUAGAUUAAUUGAAAGACCCACUGCGCCCUUCCCCUCUUCCAUUCAGGAACGGCAGAUUGAACCAGUAAUAAGAAAGUGAAAGAUUUCAAAUCCGUUGUUUUUAGGUUUUAAGUUUUGGAUAACGUUUGGGAAUUUCUCAAGAUUCUUAAAAAAUGUUCUUCUUUUCUGUAUCUGAUGUUCUGUGUGCUAUUAGUGAUGCAGCCAUCAUGAACGGUUGUCUUGUGUUGCACUCCUUUCCAACACUGCGAAACGAUCGCCCUACGGGAAAAGCGCCCAUGCUUGCUAUCGUAUGGUUCAUGACCAAUAUGUUUCCAGUACAGGGAAGAUUCCAGAAGAAGCCAAGGCCUUGUCUCUCUUGGCACCUGCUGCCCCCCCUGCUGUUCCUGCUGUACCCAGCCUGAUGCCAGGCGCCGGCCUGCUGCCCCUUCCCACCUCGGCCCCCAUACAGACUCUGAGCGUCCCUAUUGUGAGCCUGGCGGCAUUGCCAGCUGCCCUGGACCCUGCAGUGUCGGCCCUGGCUGUGACUGGAGCAGGUGGGGUGUCGUCCUCCGCCCAGCCCCCCCUCAUGGGGAACGUGGAUCCCUCCAAGGUGAACGAGAUCAGAAGGACUGUCUACGUUGGCAACCUCAACUCGCAGACCACUACUGCAGAGCAGCUGCUGGAAUUCUUUAAGCAGGUGGGCGACGUAAAGUUUGUGCGCAUGGCCGGGGACGAGACGCAGCCCACGCGCUUCGCCUUUGUGGAGUUUGCCGACCAGGAUUCGGUGUCCAGAGCGCUGACCUUUAACGGAGUCAUGUUCGGAGACAGACCCUUGAAGAUUAAUCAUUCCAACAACGCCAUUGUGAAGCCCCCAGAGCUGACCCCUCAGGCUGCAGCCAAGGAGCUGGAGGACGUAAUGAAGAGGGUCAGAGAGGCCCAGUCCACCAUUGCCGCCAUCAUAGUAGAGCCAGAGGAGGUGAAGAAACGCUCAUCCAGUCACUCCCGACGUUCCAGGAGAUCCAGAACACGGUCACGAUCGCAUUCCCGCUCGAGAACGAGGAGGAAGCGGUCCCAUUCUAGGCACAGAAGCAGGCUCUCUCAGAGGUCGCGGCCCAAGGUCAGCGAGUCCCACGUCUCUCGGGGGAUCCACAAGAGACUUUCGCGCUCCAGAUCACGGGACAGGCGGAAAGAGAGGGAGCAGAGGACGAGAGGAAAGGAGGAUAUAUCUCGGGUUAUAGAGGACAGGAGGCAGAAGGAGAAAAAGGCUAAAACACCUCCAAAAAGCUACAGUGCAUCCCAAAGGUCCAGGAGCACGAGCAGGGGCCACAGAAGGAAGAGCAGGGAUCGUUCUAGGAGUCCCAGAAGGAAAGCCAGGUCUCCCUCACCAAAGAGAGGGAGGAAAGACGAGAAGAGGGAGAAAGCAAGGGAUGGCAGCAGGGAAAAGAGGGAGAGUUCCAACUCCAGGAAGAAGAGCAGCAGAGAUAAAGAGAAGAUUGAGCUCAAGGCCAAACCUAUGAAGGUGGAAAGGGACUACGACAGGAAGGAGAAGGACUACCAGAGUGACAGGGAGGGGUCGGCCACACCAAGCGAGGGUUUGACAUCACCCUGCAUCCAGCACAACGGCAGCUACAACACAAACACAGAGGAUGACGCUGCCUCGCUCGCCGACAGCACUGAGUGAUGGGUGUGAAACCAGGCAGAACCAUGGGAACGAGACAGUCCACUAUGUAUCCAGCUCCUGUGAUCUUUACCUUGGUAUAACAUACACAUACAUCCCUUCCUGUUCCCCAGGCUGGCACAAGUGUGCCAAAAACCAUUAGAUCUUAUCUGAUUAUUUUCCUAGUUCCAGUUUCUUGGUGUGUAUUUAGUGUAAGACCGUAUAAGAGAAUGCUGACCCCCUAUGCCCAUUGCUGUGAAUCUGUUGUCACAUGAUAUUCAUAUUGAAAAUAGACCUUAACGUGCACAGCUUGUUUUUAUAGAUGUGGAGAAUGUGUGCUUUUCCUACAGUAAGAACUGUGUUGAACAUAACAUGCUUGUGGUUGGUUUCCUGUUUCUUGGUUAAUUUGGUGUUUGUGCUAUCGUGCAACACUUCAUCUAUUUUGGUUACUACUAGAUGCAAGGUGUCUGUUUGUGCACAAUAUCUUAGUUUGCACCCAAUGUAAGAAAUGCUGUUAUUUACAAAUUCUUACAAAAUCAAUAUUUCUAUAAAGUAAUAUUAUGUGGAAGAUCUUAUAAUGCAAGAUGUCUAGUGUCUGUUGCUGUUAGAAAGGCCUUUCUCAAGGCUUCAACCAGCUUCAUGGUUCAGCAUGCCAACCCUACAUUAUACAGAGGUUCAACUUGCUUGACACAUAGGAAUGAGUUAACAAUUCCCUGGCAGACAAGUCAAAGUGCCUAGACUGACAUUGUACAAAAAUACACUAAUAAUAAACUUUAUGAAGUUAUUGAGAUGCAAGAUGACGAUGUGUUGGUAUUCUGCUUAAGCAAUCGGGAAAAGUUGUUAGAUAUGAGUGGUGUUGUCUUGGAUACAAACAGCAAGCGUAAUAUUCAUAAAAUCUCAGUUUUACCAAUCAUAAUUAAGUUAUAUUUGUAGUUUUGCGUUCGUUUGGUGGUGAUGGAUUCCAGUGUUUUGUAUGAACCCAGUGGCCAUGGGGAACCCUGCAGUACAAAGUGUUCAAUUUGGCUCCAAUUUAUCAGCAGUAUUUUAUUUUCAACCAGAGUUUUUAUCAAAGCUAUGUAUGUGUUGCAGUGAGUAUGUAUGUAGUACAAGUUGAUUCAGGAGUGAGUGAACAUGGUUUUCUCCUCACCAAAUUGUGUUUACGUAUACAGUAUCUAUGCUUCGGAUUGAAGGACCUAAUUUUUGCAGAGUUAAGAGAUACAUAAGGCAUUGGUCUGAGUUGUUUUAUCAUUUACAUUGUCUUAAUGAAGGGUAAAGAAAUAUAACAAUCCACAACAUUCAUGAGACAUUUGAAAGGAUUGUGUAAAGAAUGUAUUUUUUUAUAUUCAUAUAAUGCAUUCGGAAAGUUUUCAGCCCCCUCAAUUUUUUCCAUAUUUUGUUAUGUUACAGCCUUAUUCUAAAAUGUAAUAAAUACUAUUUUUUUCCUCAGCAAUCUAUCCACAAUACCUCCAUAAUGACUGCAAAAAUAAGUUUUUAGAAAAUGUUGCUAAUUUAUAAUUUAAUGUGAAAUCACUUUUACGUAAGUAUUUAGACCCUUUACGCAGUACUUUGUUGAAGCACCUUUGGCAGUAAUUACAGCCUCGAGUCUUCUUGGGUAUGACGUCCCAAGUGUGGCACACCUGUAUUGGGGCGUUUCUCCCAUUCUUCUCUGCAGAUCCUCUCAAGCUAUGUCAGGUUGGAUGGGGAGCGUUGCUGCACAGCUAUUUUCAGGUCUCUCCAGAGAUGUUCGAUCAGGUUCGGGCUCUGGCUAGACCUCUCAGGGACAUUCAGAGACUUGUCCCUCCUGUGUUGUCUUGGCUGUGUACUUACGGUCAUUGUCCUGUUGGAAGGUGAACCUUUGCACCAGUCUGAGGUCCUAACUUGCUCCACAGCACUUUUCAUCAAGGAUCGCUCUGUUCAGCUUUGCCUUGAUCCUGACUAGUCUCGCUGCCUCUGAAAAACAUCCACACAGUAUGAUGCUGCCACCACCAUGCUUCAUCGUAGGGAUGGUGUCAGUUUUCCUCCAGACGUGAAGCUUGGCAUUCAGGCCAAAGAGUUCAAUCCUGGUUUAAUCAGACUAGAGAAUCUUGAUUCUCAUGGUCUUGAGUCCUUUAGGUGCCUUUUGGCAAACUCCAAGUGGGCCGUCGGACCUUUUACUGAGGAGUAGGUUCCGUCUGGCCACUCUACCAUAAAGGCCUGAUUGGUGGAGUGCUGCAGAGAUGUUCGUCUUUGUGGAAGGUUCUCCUAUCUCGACAGAGGAACUGUGGAGCUCUGUCAGAGUGACCAUCGGGUUCUUGGUCACCUCCUUGACCAAGGCCUUUCUCCCCUGAUUGCUCAGUUUAGCUGGGCGGCCAGGUCCAAACUUCUACCAUUUUAAUAAUGAUGGAGGCCACUGUUCUUGGGGACCUUCAAUGCGGCAAAAAAAUGUUGGUGCCUUUCCCCAGAUCUGUGCCUCGUCAUAGUCCUGUCUCGGAGCUCUACGGACAAUUCCUUCGACCUUAUGGCUUGGUCUUUCCUAUGACAUGCACUGUCAACUGUGGGACUUUUCUAUAUAGACAGGUUUGACUUUCCAAAUCAUGUCCAACUUGUUGAAUUUAUCAUGGGUGGACUCCAAGUUGUAGAAACAUCUGAAGUAUGAUCAAGGCAAACAGGAUGCAUCUGAGCUCAAUUUUGAGUCUCGUAACAAAGGGUCUGAAUACUUAUGUAAAUUUGCAAACAUUUCUAAAAACCUGUUUUCGCUUUUGUCAUUUUGGGGUAUUGGGUGUAGAUUGCUGAGGAAUUGUUUUAUUUAAUCAAUUUUAGAAUAAGGCUGUAACGUAACAAAAUGUGAAGAAAGUCAAGAGGACUGAAUACUUUCUGGAGGCAUUGUGUGUUUUAUAUAUCACUCACACACACACACACACACUGUAGAGAACAUGUGUACAAAAAGGUUUUGGCUCACUUAUGUACAUGUUAAAGAUGUUGGCAACUAAUGUGUGAAAAUUAUGAAAGAGGAUAUCGCAAACAAUGCUUCAAUGUUUUCUCUCUAUUUUGUAUGUUCGUCCUGAAACUGUACCUUUGACAAAGUACCUACUAUAUUUCAGACUAUCCUAACCAAAAGAAAUCCAAUAAAGAGACUUUGCGUCAAAUAAGUCUCAACUAUACUUGU